UCCGGUUGGGCUUCGCGCGGCCGAGUUCCUUCUUUUUCUCCCCCCCCUCCGGGGUAGGGGAAGGUUUGGCCGGAACGACUUUGACAAAGAACUUCUGCCGCAAGAGUGGGGCUCUGACGACCCUCCACAGACCCCGCGAUCCUGGCGCCUGUCAGUUACCUUCAGUCCCCGCCGGCCCCUUGGAUGUUGUGACUCUACCACGAAAGGGACAUAGUUCCUCUUCUUUGGGCUGCCAUAGGGACACUGUUCUUACCACACAGUCUUUGAGCCAACAGCCUCACCAUACCCAUCUUCCUCCAGGACCAUAGGAAUCCUAACUAGUCCUGCUUUAAAAGGAAGGGGCAUUGUAACCAUCCACUUAGACCUGUGACGUGUCUUUGGAAUCACAGAGGAGUGCGGUCAUGCAUGUUUCCCUAUAAGACUUAACAAGAUGGAUGAUGCCAGUUCCUCCCAUGAAGCUCUACUUCCUGGGAACCCAAUCUGUAGUCAAGAAGAAGAGACAGAGGCUAACAGCACAGUGGCAGACUGCUCACAAAAUCAGGGUUCUGUGAACUUUGUGGAUGUGGCUGUGAACAUCACCCAGGAGGAUACAGUUCAGCGUAACCACCGCAGUCAUGUGAUGGCAAGGAAGCCCCGGAACCUGGCCACAGUAGAGUUGGAAAUGCAACUACAAACCAAAGAUUUAGUGCUUCAGCCAGACUUUUUUACCGGCCAUACCUGUAGGGGUACACAAAGGGGCUCAGUGACCUUUGAGGAUGUGGCUGUGGACUUCACCCCGGAGGAGUGGAUGUCCUUGGACCCGACACAGAGAAGCCUGUACAGAGACGUGAUGCUGGAGAAUUACCGGAACCUGGCCACAGUGGGAGGUCAGCUGUUCAAACCCAGCCUGAUCUCUUGGUUGGAGGAAAAAGUGGAGUUGACCAUAGUGGAGCAAGGCAUUCUCCAAGAAUGGGAAAUGCAUAUUAAAACCAAAGGUACAGCAGUUGAACGAGAUAUCGUUUGGUCCGAUGCAUCAAAUAGGAAACUACUGGCAGGAAGCCACAGUGGAGGGGAGCUCUGUGACUCUAAGCAAGCUGGAAAAGUCUUUGGUGAACACUCAGAUCUUCAGACACACACGAGUAGUGCAAAUACAGAGCACACUUCAGAGUGUGGUCGGUGUGGGAAAGCCUUCUUGCUGUUCAAGGAGACGUCUGCUGAAGAGAAACGUUCUCUGGGGUCCCAGAGUGUAAACGGGGCCGUGCUCCCUCUGGAUAAAUUCUUUGACUGCAGCGAUUGUGGGGAGGCCUUUGGUGAUGAGUCACACCUCGAGGCCCAUAGGAAAACGCACGAUGGAGAAAAUGUCUGCAAAUCCGAGGAAUGUGGGCAAGCUUUAACUCGCCCCACAAGCCAUGAUGGAUGUGGUCAACCGCCCACUGGAAAGAAAUACUAUGAAUGUAAGAAAUGUGACAAGUUCUUCACACAUCCCAUCUACCUGAAUAUCCAUAUGCAAAGCCACCCUGUGGAGAAGCCCUAUGAUUGUAAGGAGUGUGGAAAAGCCUUCCCUGAGCGCUCGGGCCUCAUUGUCCACCUACGGCAACACGCGCGCGAGAAGUCGUACGAGUGCAAGGAGUGUGGCAAAGCGUUUAUCCAGCCCUCGCGCCUCACCGAGCACAUGAGAAGCCACACGGGGGAGAAGCCCUUUCAGUGCGAGCAGUGUGGGAAUGCCUUUGCGUCCUCCUCGUACCUCACUACCCACUUGCGCACGCACACGGGAGAGAAGCCCUUCGAGUGUCAUGUGUGCGGGAAGGCCUUCACGCGCUCCUCCUACCUGCUGGGGCACAUUCGAACUCACACCGGAGAGAAGCCGUAUGAGUGUAAAGUGUGUGGGAAGGCGUUCAGCGGGCGCUCAUGGCUCACCAUCCACUUGCGCAAGCACACGGGAGAGAGGCCCUACCCCUGCCCUGAGUGUGAUAAAGCCUUCACCAGCUUCGCCCAGCUCACGGAGCACAUCAAGACUCACACGGGUGAGAAGCCCUUCCGCUGUAAGGUGUGUGCGAGGACUUUCCGCAAUUCCUCCUGCCUUAAGACCCACUUUCGGAUCCACACCGGGAUAAAACCGUACAAGUGCACUUACUGUGGGAAGGACUUCACGGCGCGCUCGGGCCUCACCAAGCAUGUCCUCAUCCACAAUGGCGAGAAGCCCUACGAGUGCAAGGAGUGCGGCAAGGCCUUUGGCACGUCCUCGGGCCUCGUGGAGCACAUCCGGAUCCACACAGGCGAAAAGCCCUUCGAGUGUUACCAGUGUGGGAAGGCCUUGGCCCACUCGUCGUCUCUGGUAGCCCACUUGCGGACCCACACCGGGGAGAAGCCCUUCGAGUGCACCCUGUGCGAGAAAACGUUCACGCGCUCGUCCUACCUGCGCAUCCACAUGCGCACACACACAGGCGAGAAGCCCUAUGAGUGCAAGGAGUGCGGGAAAACCUUCCCCGAGCGCUCGUGCCUUACCAAGCACAUCAGGACACACACUGGCGAGAGGCCCUACGAAUGUAAGGAGUGUGGGAAGGGUUUCACCAGCUUUGCCCAGCUCACUGUGCACAUCAAAACCCACAGCAACGAGAGGCCCUUUCAGUGUAAGGUGUGCACCAAAUCCUUCCGCAACUCCUCAUCCCUGGAGACCCACUUUAGAAUUCACACUGGAGUCAAACCCUACAAAUGCAGUUACUGUGGGAAAGCCUUCACGGCUCGCUCUGGCCUUACGAUCCACUUACGGAAUCACACGGGGGAGAAGUCCUACGCGUGCCAGGAGUGUGGCAAAGCCUUUACCACGUCCUCAGGCCUCAUCGCGCACAUCCGAAGUCACAAGGGAGAGAAGCCCUUCGAGUGUGACCAUUGCGGGAAGGCCUUCGCCUCCUCCUCGUAUCUCAAUGUGCAUUUGAAAAUCCACACGGGGGAGAAGCCCUUCCAGUGCACUGUGUGUGGGAAGACGUUUACGUGCUCCUCGUACCUGCCCGUCCACAUGCGCACGCACACUGGCGAGAAGCCCUUCCAGUGCAUGAUAUGUGGCAAGUCGUUCCUGUGGUCCUCCUACCUGCGUGUGCACAUGCGCAUCCACACCGGAGAGAAGCCCUAUGUGUGUCAGUACUGUGGAAAAGCCUUUACCGAGCACUCAGGCCUUAAUAAGCAUGUGAGAAAACAUACUGGAGAGAAACCCUAUGACUACAAGGACUGUGAGCCAGCCUUCGCUGAUCCUGCUGCAAAUGAACAGGAGAAUCCUUCCUGGAGAGAAGAAGCCCUUUGAAUGAAAGGAUGUCAGAAAGUCUUGUGGGUUUUUUUUUGGGGGGGGGCGGGGUGGAGGGUGAGAGGUGAGGGGAAGCCAUCCACCCUUUUCUUUGUAAUUGAAAUUGAACUGACAGUCUUAAGGACUCUUAGGUCUAUUAGCAAUAUAUAUAAAAGCAUUCAAUUGUUGCUUUUUGCUUCUAAGACAUGAAGACUGUCAGUACUCCAUGAAUCUAGGGAUUGUGCUUGAGUCAUCCUGCUCUCACAGGAAACAGGUGAAGCGUUAGUCCUCAUGCAAGUCUUUACUAGAUCCAGGAAGUAGUGCAAAGAGAACUUAUUGAUGCAGGCAUAGAAAAGGCCAUUCUCACCCAGUGUCUCACAGUGGAGAGAAGCUUGAUGGGAUUUGAGAUUUCACUUGCCCCUUUGACUGAGUGGUGCUUCGCACUGAACAGAAAGUACCCGUUCAUAAUAUGGGCUUGG